AUGGACGGCCACGGCGAGCUGGUGACCUUAGAGGAGGGGUGGACCAAACUGCGUCUCCAGGGGAUUGAAAAGGUUCAGCGAUUCCUGGAGCAGCGACCCGAGCGAGGCCAUACAACCAAACGCGUCUGUGUGGUUUCGAACGAGGACUACGCCGCUAUAUACACGAUGGUCUACACGAUGUGCACACAGAGGUCUCCAUACAACUUUUCACAGGAUCUGUAUCAGCUUUAUGGAGACUCUAUCGUUCGUUACGUCCACUCUACGGUCCUACCCUCUCUGGAGAAUCGGAGAGGCUCCGAUCUUCUAGAAGAGUUGCUUUGUCGAUGGGAAAACCACCGCACCCUAGUGAAGUGGCUACAAAAAUUCUUCGCCUAUCUAGACCGUUACUACGUCAAGAUGUACAUGGAAGCGCCCCUUGUGAAGAGAGGGAUUGCGAUUUUCAAGGACCAUGUCUUCGAACGAGUGAAGCAGCCAGUAUCUGCUGCAAUCGAAGAAGCGAUCCGGCGCCAGCGGGAAGGAGAGUCUCUUGAUGAAGAGAGCGUGGCACAGCUGGUAUGCAUGUACAUUGGUCUUGACCCUGAAGAUGAAGGCCUGGGCCUGUACCAGCGUGAGUUGGAGGAUUUGCUUCUGGCUUCCACAAAGCAGUUUUACGACCGCAAGGCCCGAGAGUGGAUAGCAAGCAGCACAUUUGCCGAGUACCUGCAGCUGACAGAGGCUGCGCUUGAGGCUGAAGCGCGCAGAUGCGAACGGUAUCUUCACAGCAGCAGCAGUAGUAAACUGCUGGGCGUCGUCGUCAAGAGUACCUUGCAGCAGCAUCAGCAGGAACUUCUGGAAAAGGAUACUGCUAUUCCCUUUUUGCUUGCUGGGGAGGGGCGAGCUGAAUUACGACUGGCGCAUAGACUGUUUGCCCUCGUCGAUGGAGCAGUUGAGGACUUGGCGAAGCAGUUUAAGAUGUACAUCUCUGCAUGUGGAGAAAAGCUGGUGCAGCAACGGAUUGCCGCAGUGCGCGAGACGCAGCAGAUGAGGGCGCAAGGUUCGAACAGCAGCAACAGCAAUGCCACGCUGUCACAGCAGCAGCAGAGGCAACAGGACAUCAUCUCAUUCGAAAGCUUUGUCAACGCGCAGUCUCUGCAACCCCCCUUUGCCCAGUUACUGGCUUCGUUCUGUGAUCGGAUCUUGAGAAAGGCAGGAGGCGAGCGAAUGGGCGACGAAGAAAUCGAAGAAUGCCUUAUGAAGGUAGUAGAAAUAUUCAACUACGUUACAGACAAAGACCUGUUCGCUGAGCAAUACAGAACGCAGUUGGGUCGCCGGCUGCUGCACGAGACCUCGGCAUCAAUUGAGUUGGAACGGCUUUUGAUAGCGAAGUUACGUCUCAAAUGCGGUGCUCACUUCACAGCAAAAGUGGAGGGGAUGGUCAACGACCUGCAAGUUGCUGCUGGUCUAAUGCGUGCUUUUCAGCAGCAGCAGCAAGAAGAGCAACUGAAGAAACAAGCGGAUCAGCGUGAUCAAAGACUGGAUGACUCUGCAGCCCGCCUGAAGGAUGCAUCCGUUCCAGCCGCGUCAGUGGAGACGGUAAUGAUAGCACCUGAUUUGCGCCUGCCACCAGAAUUAGCUCAGUGCGUGGGGAUAUUUGAGCAAUUCUACGCAUCACAGACUCAACACCGGAAGCUAACAUGGGUUAAUUCAUUAGGGACUGCCCUCGUCGCCGCGCAGCUUCAGAAGCGCCAAGAUCUUAUCUGCAACACAAUGCAGGCGACUCUGCUACUAAGAUUCAACAGGAAGCAAGAUGACAGUAACAGUGGCAGCAGCGGUUGCUGCGCAGGUGAUCCUGCCUUAUCGGUGCAGCAGCUGGUGGAAGACUUGCGUCUUGACGAGCUGACAGUGAAGAAGCUUCUUGGCUCGCUGAUGCUUGGGCGUUUUAAAAUACUGAAAAAGGGAGAGAACGACAUGUUUCAUGUGAAUGAGAGUUUUUCGUGUCUUCAUCGGAAGAUCAAGCUGCCAACUCCGGUGCAGGAAGAAACACAGUGCCGAGCUCGCGUUGAAGAGGACAGGUCUAUUACCGUUGACGCGGCAAUUGUACGCAUUAUGAAAACGCGCAAGAGCUUGUCACACCAGCAACUGGUAGGAGAGGUCAUGGCCCAGCUGCAUUUCUUCCAGCCUCCCCCGAAGCUUCUUAAGGAAAGGAUACAAGACUUGAUAGCCAGGGAGUUUUUGGAAAGAGAUAAGGACAAGCCUACACAAUACAACUAUGUGGCAUAA